GUUCAUUCAUAUUUUGUGAUUUUUGUGAUAUUAAAAUGACUUUUGUUGUAAACGGGAGUUAAUAAUAACUUUAAUUUAAAUGUAUUUAAUAUUAGAAUAGAUUUUCUUUAUUAAUUAUGUAACGUACGUUUUAAUUCGCCCUUUAUUUACAAACUGAUUAUAUUUAAAUUUUCCCCAGUGUCGUAGCGUAUGUGACAGAUCGGAAUUCAUUGAGGUUAUACAAUUAUUCGCGUAGUUUUCCGAUCGACAGUGCAUUGUGUAGUGUAAUGGAUUCAGCACCAGCUCAGGAAGUGACCGACCUCCUCAAAGAAUGGGAGGAGCAGCACACGUCGCCGAACUACGAUCCCAUACCAACUUUGACAAGAAUCGCAGAAAUAAUAGAAGCAGAAACAGAAAAUUUUAUGAAGAAGGAUCCUGACCCGUUCGAUGAGCGACAUCCAUCUAGGACCGACCCUGAGUGUGCACUGGGACAUGCACUCAAAGUUAUGUUUAAGAAAGAUAAUUUUAUGACAAAGUUGGUGAAUGACUACGUAAGAGACACAUACUACUCCAGACAGAACAUCACAGGCCGAGAUGUACACAAGCUGAACGUAGCAGCAUGCAGGUUGACACUGGAUCUAAUGCCGGGGCUGGAGAUGAGCGUAGUUUUCCAAGACAACGAGGCUCUGAUCCACAGGCUAGUGAACUGGGCGACCAACUCGCAGGAACCACUGCAAUGUUACGCGACCGGUCUACUGGCGGCUGCCAUGGAGGUCCAAGAGAUUGCCACUAACUUUAGGGAAUUAAAUGCAAUGCUAGUACCGUUGAUGUUGAAGAGGCUACACGAACUACGGAACAAAACACAAGAAGAGAAGCCGAGCUCUAAUCUGGUGACGCCGCCGAACCAGACGCGUCACUUCGCGCGGUUCGACAAGCGACACAACCACGACAGCAGGACCAACGGACCCACGCCAGAUAAAAACGACCGGGAGAAGGACGAGGGUGGGGGGUGCGAGCUGAUGGACGACACGCCGCCCAUACUCACCAAAGACCCCGAGACACCAGUCAAGAGUUAUAUCUGUCCGUCGCCUCCGGAGCGAGGGCUGAUGUCGCCCCCAGCGCGGCCCCCACCCCCGCCCCCGCCCCUCGUGCACGAGACCUCCUCCAACUCCAGCUGGGCGGAGAUGGAGACUUACGUCAUAGGUAAUAUUCAAAUCCAUCCACCGACGGACGCCACGAAACAGAUGCUCAUACUACGGUACCUCACGCCCAUGGGCGAAUAUCAAGAGUUCCUAUCUCACGUGUUCGAGAAGAACGCCCUGGGUCUGAUCCUGGGUUACCUGAACGUGCGCGAGUCACGUGACUCGAGGCUGGCCUUCGAGGCGCUCAAGUACCUCGCCGCGCUGCUCUGCCACAAGAAGUUCAGCAUAGACUUCAUCAACAUGGGCGGAUUGCAGAAGUUUCUGGAAGUGCCGCGGCCGUCUGUGGCAGCUACGGGGGUGUCAAUAUGCCUGUAUUACCUCGCCUACUGCGAGGACGCCAUGGAGAGAGUCUGCCUCAUGCCGAGGAAGACGCUAGCUGAUUUAGUCAAAUACGCGCUGUGGCUUCUGGAAUGUUCGCACGACUCUGGCCGCUGCCACGCGACGAUGUUCUUCGGUCUGUCGUUCCAGUUCCGAGUUAUAUUGGAGGAGUUCGAUAAUCAGGACGGUCUCCGUAAGCUGUACAACGUGAUAUCGACGCUGCCGAUACUCGGCGCCGAUGAGGAGGAAUCACGGGUAUCCGACGACGAGACGUGCGCCGCACGACAGAUCGUGCGCCACGUCUGCGUCGCGCUCAGGAGGUACUUUGAGGCGCAUCUCCGACUGCGGGCGGCGCAGGUUCUCAGGCAACAGGGCGACAACGUACCGGAGCCUCCACCAUACAAGGCGUCAAAAUCAUCGGCGGAAGAGAUCCAGGGCCAGAUCGAGACGGUGCAGGCGGCGCCGUGGGCGCGCUGGGCGCCCGUCGACGAGCUGCUCGAACUGGGCGGCGUCGCGCUGCUGCUGCGUAUAGUGUCCUUCGCGUACGACUGGAACUUCAACGGCAGGGCGGAGACGGUUCGUUCAGCGCUGGACGUGGUGUCUGUGUGCUGCGUGGCGCCGCGCGUGCUGCUGCUGCUCACGGAGAAACUCGACAUGCGGGAGGCCGACUUGAACACCGGCGUGCAUAUCGUGCUCGCGGGCGCGACUGUUGCAGGCGCGGCCGACGGCGACAUCGUGCCGGAGCCGGAGGUGCAGAAGGCGGCGCUCAACGUGCUCGUCAACUGCGUGUGCGCGCCCGUACACAGGGCCGGCGUGACGACAGCGCGGUACUCGACAACAGGAUCUACCAAGAAGAAGACGACGCUCAAGUCUUACGAGGACGUGAUACAGAAGGUGUGGGAGAGCGUGCGGACCAACAACGGGAUUAUGGUGCUGCUGGCGCUGAUGAUGGUGAAGUCGCCGAUCACGGACGCGGACCGGCUGCGCGGACUCGCGUGCCGCGCGCUGGCCGGCCUCGCGCGUUGCCCCACCGUGCGACAGAUCAUCUCCAAGCUGCCGCUGUUCACCACCUCGCAGAUACAAGUGUUAAUGCGCGACCCGAUCCUGCAGGAGAAGCGGCAGGAGCACGUGAUGUUCCAGAAGUAUGCGCUCGAGCUGCUCGAGCGAGUCUCCGGGAAGAGCAAGCACAUGGGCGCCGAGUUCGAGACCUCGCUCGCUAACAUACACAGGGCGAACGUGGUAGCCCAAACCCGUAUCAACUACAACGAACGGCAGCUGCUGCAGCUGGUGGCGACGCACCUCGCGUCGCGCGGCUACAGCGAGAGUGCCGCGGCGCUCGUGCGGGAGGCACACCUUCCCCCGCCCCCCGCACCCGCGCCCGCACACCCGCCGCCGCUGCACGCGCCCGCCACGCCCAUCCGGCCUCGGUUAUCAGUCUCCCGGGCGAACAGCAUCGGUUCGCUGCAGCGCGACAGCAUCGAUCACCACGCGCCGCACACGCCGAACACGCACGAGGACAGCCCGCAGCCGCAUGUCAUUAAACUCAGACGAGUACAAAACACGUCGCAGAACGUCCUCGCCAGCCCGGGCGAGCGGCGCUCGCUACAGAAGGGGGCGCACGCGGCGGGGGCGGAGCGCGCGCCCUCCCCCCGCGUCACGCUGCACUCUAUCAUCACGGAGUACCUCUACAACCAGCACGCGCUAUGCAAGAACCCCGUUGUCACCUGCCCUCAGUUUAAUUUGUUCGAGCCGCACAAAUGUCCGGAGCCGACGGGUCCGCGCGCGCCGCUGUUCGCGGGGGCGGCGGCGGGCGCGGCAGCGGGGGCGGAGCCGGCCAACGUGUGCGCGCGGCUCGUGCGGCGCGAGCUCGGCGCGCCGGCGCAGACGCGCGCGCACGCACGCUUAGCGCACUCCCACUUCGCGCACGUGCGCACACUUCGCUUGCAAGACGAUGAUGCGUACUUCACGCACACUAUCUUCCACCCGACGCAGCCGCAGCUGCUGACGGCGACGUCGUCGGGCGACAUCCGCGUGUUCAACCUGUUUAACGGCGUCGAGGAGAACUCCUAUCAGGUCCACGAGUCAUAUAUCUACCAUAUGCAGGCGAGUAGAGAUGGUCUGCUACUUCUGUCGUCGUCUACCAUCACGUGGCGUACGCUGUCUUCGCUCUGGAACAUGAAGGAGUUCGAACAGCUUUUCCAACUAGACAACGAGGAGUAUGUGGAGUUCUCUAAGAUGUCAGACGAGCGGAUCAUCGGCACGAAGAGCGAGACGGCGACGAUAUUCGACACGCGGACCGGCCGCGCGCUGCUCACACUCACGCCCUCCAUCAGCAACCAGUACGCCAAGAACAGAGCUACGUUUAAUCCGACUGACGAGCUGGUGCUGUCCGACGGCGUGCUGUGGGACGUGAACACGGGCAAGGAGAUCCACAAGUUCGACAAACUCAACCAGACGCACAGCGGCGUAUUCCAUCCCAACGGACUAGAGGUAAUAUCAAACACGGAAGUUUGGGACCUACGGACGUUCCAUCUGCUACGAACAGUGCCCGCCCUAGACAAAUCAGAAGUGAUGUUCAACCCGGCGUGCAGCGCGUUGUAUGCGGUAUGCUCGGACCAGGACGCGGAGGAGCGCAGCCAGUUCGACACCAGCUUCAAGACCCUCGACCCCUACGACUACUCCAGCAUUGCGACGAUAGAGGUGAAGCGCAACAUCUACUCGCUGGGCGUGUCGGGGGAGGGCGCGCAGAUCGCGCUGGUCGAGAACGCCGGCGACUACGACCAGGUGCAGGAGUCCUGCGUCAAGCUCUACGACGUCGGCCGCAAGCGCGACCACGACGACGACGCGGAGGAAGAGGAGGAGGAGGAGAUGGGCGGCGGGUCCGAGAACGACGACGGCUCCGACUCCAGCUCCGACAACGACGACGAAGCAUCCAACCUGAUCCGCAACGCCGUGAUGGGUCUCGCGGACCAGCACAGCUCCGAGGACUCGUCCCCCGAGCGGCCGCGACGACGCCGCACGCGCAGACAGCGACAGAGAGAUAGAGAGAUGGACGAGGACGGCAACAGCAGCGACAGUGAACUGGACCUCGUCGGCGACCUCGGACACCUCAUAGAGUUUGACUUCGACUAACACAGAUAAUAAAUGAAUUACACCAAC